AGCCGCCCCGUGCCCCGGCCGCCUUCGCCGCGCUCCCGAGCCCAGCCCCAAGCCAGACCUGCCCCGGCGCUGCGCCCCAUUGCGCUCGCCCCAGGUCCCCCGAGCCAGGCCGCGCCCCGGGCCGCGGGCCAGCGGGACCAGGAGGCGCUCGGCACCUGGGCACUCCGAGCGAUGCGUAGCGGGGCAACGUCGGCCCCGCCGAUGGAGCUGCUGCUGCCGCCGACGCCCGGCGCGCCCCGCUCCGCCCGCACCCUGUGCGCCUGAACGCAGAGCUCGCUCCUCCUCCGCGCGAACUCCGCCGCCCGCUCCCCAGGCCGCCAGAGCUCUCGGCGCGCCUCCCAGGGCUCCAGGCGCCUUGUCCCGCCGAGGCAGCCUUCUCAGGACCAUGGCCCCCGGGCGGACAGGGGUCGGCGCCUCCGUGCGCGCCCGCCUGGCGCUGGCCUUGGCGCUGGCGAGCGCCUUGAGCGGGCCCCCAGCCGCCGCCUGCCCCACCAAGUGUACCUGCUCCGCCGCCAGCGUGGACUGCCACGGUCUGGGCCUCCGGGUGGUUCCCCGGGGCAUUCCCCGCAACGCCGAGCGCCUUGACCUGGACAGAAAUAAUAUCACCAAAAUCACCAAGAUGGAUUUUGCUGGACUCAAGAACCUCCGAGUCUUGCAUCUGGAAGACAACCAGGUCAGCGUCAUCGAGAGAGGUGCCUUCCAGGAGCUGAAGCAGCUGGAGCGAUUACGCCUGAACAAGAAUAAGCUCCAAGUCCUUCCAGAAUUGCUUUUCCAGGGCACCCCGAAGCUCACCAGACUAGAUCUGAGCGAAAACCAGAUCCUGGGGAUCCCGAGGAAGGCGUUCCGAGGUAUCGCCGCCGUGAGGAACCUGCAACUGGACAACAACCACAUCAGCUGCAUUGAAGAUGGAGCCUUCCGAGCGCUGCGCGAUUUGGAGAUCCUCACCCUCAAUAACAACAACAUCAGCCGCAUCCAGGUCACCAGCUUCAACCACAUGCCCAAGAUCCGGACUCUCCGCCUCCAUUCCAACCAUCUGUACUGUGACUGUCACCUGGCCUGGCUCUCGGAUUGGCUGCGGCAACGACGGACGAUUGGCCAAUUCACACUCUGCAUGGCUCCUGUGCACCUGAGGGGCUUCAACGUGGCGGAUGUGCAGAAGAAAGAGUACGUGUGCCCAGGCCCCCAUUCAGAGCCUCCAUCCUGCAGUGCCAGCUCCAUCUCCUGCCCUUCAGCCUGCACUUGCAGUAAUAACAUCGUGGACUGUCGAGGGAAGGGCUUGACUGAGAUCCCCGCCAACUUGCCAGAGGGCAUCAUCGAAAUACGCCUGGAACAGAACUCCAUCAGGUCCAUCCCCACCGGAGCCUUCACCCAGUACAAGAAACUGAAGCGAAUAGACAUCAGCAAGAAUCAGAUAUCGGACAUCGCUCCAGAUGCCUUCCAGGGUCUGAAAUCGCUCACAUCGCUGGUGCUCUAUGGGAACAAGAUCACCGAGAUCGCCAAGGGACUGUUUGAUGGGCUGGUGUCCCUACAGCUGCUCCUCCUCAACGCCAACAAGAUCAAUUGCCUCCGGGUGAACACAUUCCAGGACCUACAGAACCUCAACCUGCUCUCCUUGUAUGACAACAAGCUGCAGACCGUCAGCAAGGGGCUCUUUGCCCCUCUGCAGGCCAUCCAGACACUCCACUUAGCCCAAAACCCGUUUGUGUGCGACUGCCACUUGAAGUGGCUGGCCGACUACCUCCAAGACAACCCCAUCGAGACCAGUGGGGCCCGCUGCAGCAGCCCACGCCGGCUGGCCAACAAGCGCAUCAGCCAGAUCAAGAGCAAGAAGUUCCGCUGCUCAGGCUCGGAGGAUUACCGCGGCAGGUUCAGCAGCGAGUGCUUCAUGGACCUCGUGUGCCCCGAGAAGUGCCGCUGCGAGGGUACCAUCGUGGACUGCUCCAACCAGAAGCUGGCCCGCGUCCCAAGCCACCUCCCCGAAUAUGUCACCGAUCUGCGACUGAACGACAAUGAGAUAUCUGUUCUAGAGGCCACUGGUAUCUUUAAGAAGUUGCCCAACCUGCGGAAAAUAAAUUUGAGUAACAAUAAGAUCAAGGAGGUGAAAGAGGGUGCCUUUGAUGGAGCAGCCAGCGUGCAGGAGCUGAUGCUAACAGGGAACCAGCUGGAAACAAUGCAUGGACGCAUGUUCCGUGGCCUCAGCAGCCUGAAAACCUUGAUGCUGAGAAGUAACCUGAUCAGCUGUGUGGGCAAUGAUACCUUUGCUGGCCUGAGCUCGGUGAGGCUGCUGUCCCUCUAUGACAAUCGGAUCACCACCAUCACCCCCGGAGCCUUCACCACGCUUGUCUCCCUGUCUACCAUAAACCUCCUGUCCAACCCCUUCAACUGCAACUGCCACCUGGCCUGGCUCGGCAAGUGGCUAAGGAAGAGGCGGAUCGUAAGCGGGAACCCCCGGUGCCAAAAGCCAUUCUUCCUCAAGGAGAUUCCCAUCCAGGAUGUGGCCAUCCAGGACUUCACCUGUGAAGGCAAUGACGAGAGCAGCUGCCAGCUGGGCCCGCACUGCCCUGAGCAGUGUGCCUGCGUGGAGACGGUGGUGCGAUGUAGCAACAAGGGCCUCCAUGCCCUCCCCAGAGGCAUUCCCAAGGAUGUGACCGAGCUGUACCUGGAAGGAAACCACUUAACAGCUGUGCCCAGGGAGCUGUCCACCCUCCGACACCUGACACUAAUUGACCUGAGCAACAACAGCAUUGGCGUGCUGACCAAUCACACCUUCACGAACAUGUCUCAGCUGUCCACCCUGAUCCUGAGCUACAACCAGCUGCGAUGUAUCCCCAUCCACGCCUUCAAUGGACUCUGGUCUCUCCGUGUGCUAACCCUCCAUGGCAAUGACAUUUCCAGUGUUCCUGAAGGCUCCUUCAGUGACCUGACAUCUCUUUCCCAUCUGGCUCUGGGAACGAACCCACUGCACUGUGACUGCAGCCUGCGCUGGCUGUCGGAAUGGGUGAAAGCAGGGUACAAGGAGCCCGGCAUCGCCCGCUGCAGCAGCCCAGAGCCCAUGGCGGACAGACUUCUGCUCACCACCCCCACCCACCGAUUCCAGUGCAAAGGGCCUGUGGAUGUCGGCAUUGUGGCCAAGUGCAAUGCCUGCCUCUCCAGCCCAUGCAAGAACAAUGGGACCUGUAGCCAGGAUCCUGUGGAGCUGUACCGCUGCGCCUGCCCCUACGGCUACAAGGGCAAAGACUGCACUGUGCCCAUCAACACCUGCAUCCAGAACCCCUGUCGGCACGGAGGCACCUGCCACCUGAGCGAGACCCACAAGGAUGGGUUCAGCUGCUCCUGCCCUCUGGGCUUUGAGGGGCAGCGGUGUGAGGUCAACCCUGAUGACUGUGAAGACAACGACUGCGAGAACAAUGCUACCUGUGUGGACGGGAUCAACAACUACGUGUGUGUCUGCCCACCUAACUACACAGGUGAGCUGUGCGAUGAGGUGAUUGACCACUGCGUGCCUGGGAUGAACCUUUGUCAGCAUGAGGCCAAGUGCAUCUCCCUGGACAAAGGAUUCAGGUGUGAAUGUCUCCCAGGCUACAGUGGGAAGCUCUGCGAGGUGGACAGUGAUGACUGCGUGGCCCACAGGUGCCGACACGGGGCCCAGUGUGUGGACGCGGUCAAUGCCUACACGUGCAUCUGCCCCCAGGGCUUCAGCGGGCUCUUCUGUGAGCACCCCCCACCCAUGGUCCUGCUACAGACCAGCCCCUGUGACCAGUACGAGUGCCAGAACGGAGCCCAGUGCAUCGUGGUGCAACAGGAGCCCACCUGCCGCUGCCCCCCAGGCUUCGCCGGCCCAAGGUGCGAGAAGCUCAUCACCGUCAACUUUGUGGGCAAGGACUCCUAUGUGGAACUGGCCUCUGCGAAGGUCCGGCCCCAGGCCAACAUCUCCCUGCAGGUGGCCACUGACAAAGACAACGGCAUCCUCCUCUACAAGGGAGAUAACGACCCCCUGGCGCUGGAGCUGUACCAGGGCCACGUGAGGCUUGUCUACGACAGCCUGAGCUCCCCACCAACCACGGUGUACAGCGUGGAGACAGUGAAUGAUGGGCAGUUUCACAGCGUGGAGCUGGUGAUGCUAAACCAGACGCUGAACCUGGUGGUGGACAAAGGAGUCCCCAAGAGCCUGGGGAAGCCCCAGAAGCAGCCUGCAGUGAGCAUCAAUACCCCCCUCUACCUUGGAGGCAUCCCCACCUCCACGGGCCUCUCGGCCUUGCGCCAGGGCACAGACCGGCCGCUGGGUGGCUUCCACGGCUGCAUCCAUGAGGUGCGCAUCAACAACGAACUGCAGGACUUCAAAGCCCUCCCACCACAGUCCCUGGGGGUUUCGCCAGGCUGCAAGUCCUGCACCGUGUGCAAGCACGGCCUGUGCCGCUCAGUAGAGAAGGACAGCAUGGCGUGCGAGUGCCACCCUGGCUGGACCGGCCCACUGUGCGACCAGGAGGUCUGGGACCCCUGCCUCGGCCACAGCAGAUGCAAUCAUGGGAAAUGUGUGGCAACCGGGACUUCAUAUGUGUGCAAGUGUGUAGAGGGCUACGGAGGGGCCUUAUGUGACCACAAGAAUGAUUCCACCAACCCCUGCUCAGCCUUCAAGUGUCACCACGGGCAGUGUCACAUCUCAGAUCAAGGGGAGCCCUACUGCCUGUGCCAGCCCAGCUUCAGUGGAGAACACUGCGAACAAGAGAAUCCCUGCCUGGGGGAGGUACUCCGAGAGGUGAUCCACCGCCAGAAAGGUUAUGCGUCCUGUGCCACAGCUUCCAAGGUGCCCAUAAUGGAAUGUCGUGGGGGCUGCGGGCCCCUGUGCUGCCAGCCCACCCGCAGCAAGCGGCGGAAAUAUGUCUUCCAGUGCACAGACGGCUCCUCAUUCGUGGAGGAGGUGGAGAGACACUUAGAGUGCGGCUGCAGCAUGUGUUCCUGAGCCCCUCUGCCUCCCUGCCUCUCAGACUCCAGCUCAGCAGAGGUGGGACAGCUGCGUGGGGCCCCCUCGAGAUUCAGAGUGAAGAAGCAGAAGCUGGAGAGAAAGCAAAAGAAGAAGAGAAUAUUAAGUAUAUUGUAAAAUAAACAAAAAAUAGAACUUAUUUUUAUUAUGGAAAGUGACUAUUUUCAUCUUUUAUUAUAUAAAUAUAUCAUACCAUCUGAGUAUAUGUUCCAUAUAGUGAGUUAUUUUUACCGAGUUUUUUGGUUGUGUAUUUGUUGUGCUUUGAUAAACAGCUGUUAAAAAUUUUAAGAAAGAAGACUAAUAAAAUAGUUUUAAAACAACAGGAUAAGAAUAAAGAAGUGAUAACCUGUCUGAGGAAGAAGAAGGAACUUCUUAUGUUUCUGAAACACUAUCGUGUCAGCUGAACCAAGAACUGCUUAACGAGCUCAGGAAAAGGAAGGAUAAGAGGAAGAGAAGGAAAAAAGAUUUUUCUUGGUUUCUUUUUCUUUUUAAUGACUCUCUUUCCUUCCCUAAAAGCUCCCAGCUUUUUAAGACCUGGUUGUCAAUGCCCAGAACUGCCAGUUCUUCCAGGAAAGCUGCUGAGCGCCAGCUGGCCUUCUCAGACUCACUGUGACCCAAACCAAGCCCCGGCCCUGCCUGCCCACGCCCCCUGCAGGGCCGGCAUCUCCUGCCUGGCUGGCCCUGGGGUCCAGCACAGGACUGUCAGAACUCUGCCAAAGGCUUCAUCAGAGAUUGUUUUGCUAACUUUUAAAACAGCUGCUCUUUUCCUGCCCCUCUUCAAGAACGUGGUUCCUCCCAGUGAGGUGAAUGAAGGACGGGGGCUCUCCUGCUGUCUCCUCAAGGCCCCGCCACGGCUCUUCCUCAAAGUUCUGAACCUCCCACCUCCCUCCAGUGACACUAGGAAAGCGGGCAGCCGGGGCUGCUGGGACAAGGGAGGCUGGGUGUCCAGCCUUCCCACACCUGGGUAAGUCUGACUCUGGAAAGUUCUUGGGGGCUCUUGCUGUAGAACAGUCAGACCUCUUCCACCUGCUCCUCCAGGCCACCAUCUAAAUCGGCCCCUCACCCAUCUGCAACAUUCACCAGUGCAUAUCACCAUGGUGUCUUGUUUCAUCCAUGCAACCCCUGUCUACCAGGGACGCUAAAACAGUAUAGCCCCAUUGCACAGAUAAGGAAACUGAGGCCUCUCCCCAGCUCUGUAUCUUGCCUUAAGCCACACAUCUGGUAAGUGGAAGAGCCAGGCCUGGAGCCCAGACUCAAAGUUCUAGAUUCCUUCUUCAGAAUGGUAAAAACACAGGAGAUACAGGCAAUUUUAGUUCAUCAGAGGAGGCCUACCAGAAAAGGAAAGUAGGUGCUUUUUUCUGCUAUUUUUCCUCCUUUUGUUCUGCCUUGUUCAUUUAUUCUGCCCCUAGCAUUCAGAAAGAGUCUAGACUUGGGGGCUUAUUUAUCAGGGAGUGUGAACAAGGCAGCCCAUCCAGCCCUGACUCUUGGAACUGCCAGCCCUCCUGAAGGGGACGUGCCAUCUCUCCCAGACCCUCAUCUGCCCCUCCCGCCUCUGCAGAGUAGUGCAGAUGGCCCCGGGUGCAGCUGCUCCCACAAACGCCCUGUCUCUCACCCUCCCUCCUUCCAGGAGCCUCCCCUGCAGACAGGUCUGGGGUGAGUUUGGGGCCUACUGGGCCUUUCAGCUCUGCAGGUUGCCAGGGAAUGUAGGGAUUCCAUGGAGACCAACAGUGGGUCAAAGCCUCAAAGAAUCAAGAAGGGAGAAAGGAAAGAAGAUGAUGGAGGAAUGCAAGCAAGCGGCAGAUAGGGAGGGAGAGAAGGACGGAGAGGGAAAGGAAGAGAGGGAUGAAGGGAAGGGGGGAAGGAUGACAGGGAAGAAUUUACUUAAUAUAUGCAUAUUAAUAUCCAGUAUGUUCUAGGUACUUUCUGGACCUUAUGAAGGAUUUGUUUCAAACAUUAAUAGCUAGAUUAACUUAGGACUUACUACCUUAUACAUGAGAUACCAUUCCAAUAUAUAUACAUACGAAAGCAUACCUCGGAGAUACUACAGGUUUGGUUCCACAAGAAAGCAAGUCAGAUUAAUUUUUUGGUUUCCAAGAGCAUAUAAAAGUUAUGUUUAUAUUAUACUGCAAUCUAUAAAGUGUGCAAUAGCAUUAUGUCUAGAAAAAGGAAUGUGUAUACCUUAAUUAAAAAUACUUCAUUGCUAAAAAAUGCUAGCUGUCAUCUGAGCUUUCAGCAAGUCAUAAUCACUGGUCACAAAUCACCAUAAGAAAUAUAAGAAUAACAAAAAAGCUUGAAAUAGUGUAAGAACUACCAAAAUGUGACAGAGACAAAGUGAGCAAGUGCUGUCAGAAAAAUGGCUCCAGUAGAUUUGCUCAAUGCAGGGUUGCCACAGACCUUCAAUUUGUUUUAAAAAUGCCGUAUUUGCAGAGCACAAUACAACAUAACACAAUAAAAUGAGGUAUGCCUGUGUGAAUGUAUAUAUAUAUUCAUUCAUUUCUCAGACCCACCCAUUAGUCAAGACAUUACCAAUCUAUUCUACAGUUGAGUAAAUUGAGGGGCAUGGAAACUUAAGGGACUUGCAUGAGAGUAGAUGCCUAAGAAAUUGCAGGACCUGGAUUUGGGACCAGGAUGUCUGACUCCAGAACUUGCUCCCCAUAGGAAGGAAACAUCCACCUUUAAGGGUCCUACAAUCUGGAGCCGCAACAAUCAUAGAAAUGGACAACUGCUUUAUUAUACAAGUACCCUAAGGGAAGUAUAAACAAAAGAAGUGGCUAUUUGCCAGUGGGGGCAGGUAAGAAGUCAAACUUUCCAGGGAAUGGCCUAUUACAAAGCAGUGAACUAGGAAAAGGCCUGGCAUGUUUGGGGAGCAGUCAGAGGUCUGUGGGGGCAAGAGGAUGGGACACACAUGAGAGCAGAGGGACAGAUGGAGGAGACAGGGAAGGCAGGGGUUUCACCACGAAGAGUUCUGUGUGAGAGGCUAGACCAAAGGGACCCACUGGGUUUGGAGGAGGGGACACCAAGACAAGCUCUGUUUUAGCAAGAGAACUUGAAGCAAAGUAGCAAGAGGCCUGGAAAGAGAGAGGGUUCUACCACCCAAAAUGGUAUGUGGGCUCCUAGCUGUUCACUUUAGUUUGUUGUAACUAGACAAUGCUGGUUUCCAGAUAGGUCACAAAAGUCUUUGUAGAUGCUCAGGUCUGCCCUACACUCCUCCCAUCCCCCACAACCCACCCAGGCAGGUGGACCUAAGCCUUAUUCUACCACCAGCACUUCCAGCUAACCCAGCACACAGCCCAUGCAGCCUGCCAUCUUGAGAACCCACCCAGCAUCACGGGCUUUCUGGGAGGACUUGCCAGACUGCUGGCUCUCCCUCUGUCUCCCCAAGGAACCUGAGACCUCUCCGCCAAUCAUCCCCAAGCCCAAUCCAGAAUGCAGGCCCACUCAGCCAAAAAAAACCCAAGGUUCUUUUUCUUGGUGUGGUUUGGGGUGAUUCUGAGCCUUCCCCUGAAUUUCAGAAGCCCUGACUUUAUGAAAUGCCCAAUGUAGGACCAUUAAGAAAAUUCUCCCUACAAGGAAGUUGUUUUAACAAAGGGAGAUUAAAACUCUCUUAUUUUAGUAGCCAAAUUCUAGAAACAGGAAGUCCCGUGGAGCAAGAGGGGUCCAAUCAGGUAAUCUGCACACUGAAAAAAGUAUAAUUCAAUGCUUGUAGGUAAAGAUGUGAACAUGUGCAGAAGAGGGGGCUGUUUUCCCCUGAGCAGGAAUCCCUCUUUGACACAACCAAGAAACCCUAAAUAAUGGCCAAUAAGAUGAUGUAUUUAAAAGCUCUUUGUAAAGUGUAAACUAAAAACCUUAUAUGUACAAUGCUGUUGUUGUUAUUACCGUCAUUGUUGCUAUGACUGACAUGCCAAAAGACUCUUUGUAGAAGAUGGCUUUGCCUUUCCAAUCUCCUAGGAAAGAACCUGAGUCUGACACUUCAGGAAGAUGAUAGUGAGGAGGACAAGGAGGAGAGGGGCAAGGAAAUGAAGGGAGAUCACCUAAGGCCAGGAAAAGAGGAGAAAAUCUCCAGGAUAACUCUCAGACACCCAGGAGUAGCCAGGCCUGGGAUUGAGCUAACCUUGCCCUUCACCAGAUACAAAGCUAUCAUCAUACUGAAACCUAAGGGUACCCAGCCACCCACUGCCUUUGUGGGGAACAGAAGCCCCUAGCACAAAUGAGCCUGCCUCUCAAAGACUCACAGCAUUCCAGGUAUCAGAGCUGAAAGAACCCAAAGGGGUCCCUGGUGGGUGGGAACCCUGAGAAUCAGAAAUGGAGUGUCUGAAUCACAGACCAAGAUCACCUAGCAAAUUAAUGUCAGAGGCAGGAAGAGACCCAGAUGUCUACCCAGGCCAAAGUUCUUCCUGCUACUCCACAGCAGCAUCCAGGCAGAGGGAAGCCUGAGACAGACCUUUCAAUACCUUCUAGGUGGCUGGGAAGUAUCCUCCACCUUCCCCCACAGCCAUCUCUCAGGGCACUCAGAUGACCAGGAAGCUGGGGCAUUGUCUGGUUUGGUAGCACUUACCCAUGUUUUCCAGUCUGGGUUAAAAAUUGCCAAAGGAAACAUUUGGGGAGGUUGAUGAGAGAUGCCAGCUAGCCAGGAUGAGCAAAGACAGAAUUGGGCAUUUGGCAAAGCUUACUUCUCUAACUCAACAAUAGGUUUUAAGAAGAAAAGUUUUAUGAUGUUUUAAAAACAGUGUUACAGUGCCACUUCCCUGAUAUGGGAUAAAUAAUGUGCAUUACAGACUGUCACACUCUGAUGUCAUUAAAAUAAAUGGAUGAGUCGCAGGAGAGCUAUCA